UAAAUCGAGUAGUUCACGUGAAACGAAAAAGACAACAAAGUAACUUAGAUAAAGUUAUGAAAUCCUUUAUUUAUUAAUUAAUUUGCUGUAAUAGCACGCACUGGAGCGUUUGACCAACCAACGGAAGUCACAUUAGCAUCUAAGCUAGCUAAGUAACGUAACUAUGUACUCGCAUAGUGUGUACGUUUGUUAGCCCGCUAGCCAAGCAUAGUUAACUUCCCUGAUUGCAACCGCCGACGUCUAAAAGCCAAGUUGUACUUAAGAAUAAAACUUGUAUUUAUCUUCUGAGACUUAAAGUGAAAAGGGACGUCUGUCGCAGUGUCGGCAGCGGCCGUUGGGAAUGUCGGCUCCUCUAUCUCCGUCAUUAUCGGGUCGCAAGAGUCAUGAAAGGUCAACGAGCAUUUCGGAAAGCCAUUCAGAGGAAGAGCCCCAGCUCUCCCUCAAUCAAUUCUACCCAUAUAUCCGCUGUGCUAUUUGCUGUGGCUUCUUCAUCGACGCCACCACCAUCACGGAGUGCCUGCACACAUUUUGCAAAAGCUGCAUCGUGAAGCACUUUUUCCAAAGCAACAAGUGUCCCACAUGUAGCAUCGUUGUCCACCAGACACAACCCAUUUACAACAUCAGGCCUGACAGACAGCUGCAGGAUAUUGUAUACAAAAUGGUCCCCUUCCUGGAGAAGUCUGAAAGAGAGACAAUGUGUAACUUCUACAAAGAGAGAGGGCUGCCGUUGCCAAAUUCAGUGGUGGCCUCCACUCCGGGUCCCGUGGUGAUAAAGAAGCAGAAGAAGGAAAGCCCUCCCCAGUCUCCGUUCACCAUUCCUCCGGAGCUGGACGUAUCUUUUCUGCUGGAUUUUGUUGGGGCUGAAGAGGGCAUCAAUAGCUACAAGCCGUUAGAGAGGCGGUACGUUCGCGUGUCGGGCGAAGCCACUGUCCGCCACGUCGAGCUGUUCAUCAGGAGGAAGAUGGAGCUGAGCACCACCUGCCAGGUGGAUAUGGUUUGUGGAGACCACCUGCUGGAUCACGACCAGUCGCUCAAAGACAUACAGAACUCCGUGGGGGAAGAGGCCCUCCAGGAUGGUCUGUUGGUGCUGCACUUUGGUCUGGUACUGUCCACCCAGUCUUAAGAAUGGACGGAAGCCUUUUGGGUUUUUGUGUCUCUUCAUGAGGCUCUCGUAAUAACGUGGAUGGAAGUUUGUAACGUCGGUGUUACGGUUGCUCCACAGCUGCUCGGGACGUCUUUCUGUUAAUAAAACCCUUUUGUGUCAGGAUCGUCUAAUUCAGGUUCAAGGUCUACACUGGUGGCCCGCUGUUGGCCGGUGAGGCGUUCUUCAACCUCAACCUCAAGCCAAAUGUUCAACUCAAGACUGCAGCAGACUUUUACCGACUGCUGCUGUAGCGAAACUGUACGGUACCCCUCUGCCGGUGGGGUCUGUAACUUUGAAGCAGCGACACUGGAAAUGUGAAACGACGUCGGGUCUGAAGGACUGCAUCAGUCCAGUUACGCCGUCUCUCUCUGGAAAGCAGAGGCCACUGUCUAAAUUCCCUCUAUUCGUGAUCCAAGGGCUCAGGGGGAUUUCAGAUAUAUAGUUGUCAUUUUUAAAGGGCUUGAAACUACAACGACCAAAGGUGUGUGUUUGUGUCAUAUUGAGUUUAGAUGUAUUUUGAAUUGCAACUUGAUUCUUGUUGGUGUACUUGUUUAAAUUAAGAGCUUUUGUAUAGGCUCUCUGCUGAUGUAAAUAAAGUUUGUUUAAGAAAUA